AUGUGGACAAUACCCAAACCCCGAUAUAAGAACUGCAACCAAUUGGAUACAAGGGAUGAAGCCGAGAUGGCCGUGAACAUUGGCGGCGUGAGGCUAGUUUUAGACCGCGAUGUGCUUAACCGCUACCCGGAGAGUAGACUUGCAGAACUGAUCAACUGCUCAACUCUGAAUUACGACGUUAUCUACUCACUUUGUGAUGAUUAUGACCCGGGUAAAAAAGAGUUUUAUUUCGACCGGGAUCCUGACGCUUUCAGAUGUAUCAUUGACGUGUAUUACUUCGGUGAGAUUCACAUCAAACGAGGUAUAUGUCCAAUUUGUUUCAUUAAAGAGAUGGAGUUCUGGAAAAUUCACCAAAGCUAUUUGGACGAGUGCUGUAAAAGUUACCUGACUGAAAAAGAGGAAGAGCUGGCAGAGAUUGCCAACAAAGUUAAGUUUAUCUUGGAUGAUCUAGAUGGGGACCCUUCUGUCAACUGCUCAGCGCGGUGUCUAAAGUUCCUUUGGAAACUCAUGGAGAAACCGGAGUCCUCUUUGCCUGCGCGUGGCAUCGCCGUUGCAUCUUUCCUCUUCGUCCUUGUGUCCUCCGUGGUGAUGUGCGUGGGGACCAUUCCAGAAGUCCAAGUAGAAGAUGAAGAGGGGGACCUUGUGGAGCACCCGAUGCUGGAGGCCAUCGAGACAGCCUGCAUAGGCUGGUUCACCGUGGAAUACCUGCUGCGUUUUGUGUCCUGCCCAAACAAACUGCUCUUUUUCCUAUCCUUUAUGAACAUAAUCGACUUCAUGGCUAUCAUUCCCUUCUACGUGGUGUUGACCCUUACUUACCUGGGUACGGCCAUGAUGGAUCUGGCCAAGGUCCAGCAAGCGGUCCAGGCGCUUCGCAUCAUGCGUAUCGCCCGCAUCUUCAAACUGGCGCGCCACUCCUCUGGGCUACAGACUUUCACCUAUGCGCUGAAGAGGAGUUUCAAAGAGCUGGGGUUGCUCCUUAUGUACAUGGGCAUAGGGAUAUUCGUGUUCUCAGCACUGGGCUACACCAUAGAGCAAAGCCACCCGGAGACCCUCUUCAGUAGCAUCCCACAGUCCUUCUGGUGGGCUAUUAUCACCAUGACCACCGUGGGCUAUGGAGACAUUUACCCCAAAACCACUCUAGGCAAGUGCAACGCAGCCAUCAGCUUCCUGUGUGGGGUGAUUGCCAUUGCGUUGCCAAUUCACCCCAUUAUCAACAACUUCGUCAAUUUUUACAACAAGCAGAAAGUGCUCGAGACCGCGGCCAAGCACGAGCUGGAGCUCAUGGAGUUGCAGUCUAGCGAUGAUUCACUGAUGAAGGCAACGCGCAAGUGUGGCGCAGCGGGUGCGUUGGAGAGCUCGAUGCGUACCUCGCGUAGUGAUAAUUGUAUACCACUUCUCGAGGAAUCGACCAGGACUUUGAAGUCGAAAGAUUAUUGCUCGGAAACCGAAUCAUUUUAA